ACCAAUGUUUAAAUUUCACUUUUAGGUUUUUAAGAAAGUUUAAAGAUGGGUCUGCUUGAUGAUUGCGAGCUACAUUAUGGAACAAGAGAUUUGUACGAGCUGCUAAAAGUUUCCAAAACCUGCUCAGAACAAGGGAUAAAAAGAGCCUACCGUAAGUUGUCACUUAAAGUUCACCCAGACAGAGCAACUGAUGAUGAAAAAGAAACCGCUACAAUUAAAUUCCAAGUUCUUUCCAAAAUCAGCAAAGUUUUGUUGGACAAAGACGGGCGUGAUGUUUAUGAUAAAGAGGAAAGAAUUUUGGACGAUGAAGAAGUUUUAAAUGAGGAGUACAGCUGGAAAAAUUACUGGAGUUCAAUGUUUAACUUAAGUGCGGACGAUGUUCGACAGUUUUACGAGAAAUAUCGAGGUUCUGCUGAAGAAAGUGAAGAUUUGAAGGAAAUAUACAAGGAAUGUGAGGGGGACAUGGAUUUGUUGUUUGAGAUGCAGAUCUGUUCCUCCAUUGAAGAUGAACCGAGGUUUAGAAAGAUUUUAGAAACAGCUAUCACUGAUGGGGAAGUCCCAGGGUACGAUAAAUUUGUAAAUGAGUCAAAAGCGAAACGAACCAAAAGAAAAAAGUUUUUCGCCAAAGAAGCGAAAGAAGCUGAAGCAGCAAGGAAAGCAAACGGACUUAAUGGUGAUGACAAAAGUUUAGAGCAGAUGAUUUUAAAGCGGCAAAAGACUCGGGAAAAAGAAGCAGAUUCUUUCUUUUCGCAUUUAGAAGAAAAAUAUGCGAAGAAGCCGAAAGCUACUGGUGCAAGAAAAAGAAAACCCAAAAAAACCUGAUUUAAGCUUAACACCUUCGUUUAUUGUACUAACUUUAUUUGAUUUACUUUUCCAUCAGUUCCAACUAAAAUGACUUUUAAUUUAAACAAUGAAUGUUCUGGCAGUUGUGGGAUAUUUAAACCCAGAUGCAAUAAAUUUAUUUUGCUUUAUUUGAUUGUUUGGUAUAUACUUUGGGAGUGUUAGGAGGAAUAAAAAACUUUAUUGCACAAUAUAACUACAGCUACAAUGUUUUAGGAGUAUCUGAUUAACAAUGUAACCCCACAG